AUGGCCACAGCGGCUUCUAACCCCUACCUGCCGGGGAACAGCCUGCUGGCGGCCGGCUCCAUUGUACACUCGGACGCGGCGGGAGCCGGCGGCGGUGGGGGCGGCGGCGGCGGGGGUGGCGGCGGCGGCGCGGGAGGCGGCGGGGGCGGCAUGCAGCCCGGCAGCGCCGCCGUGACCUCGGGCGCCUACCGAGGGGACCCGUCCUCCGUCAAGAUGGUCCAGAGCGACUUCAUGCAGGGGGCCAUGGCCGCCAGCAACGGCGGCCAUAUGCUAAGCCACGCGCACCAGUGGGUCACAGCCCUGCCCCACGCCGCCGCCGCCGCCGCCGCCGCCGCCGCCGCCGCCGUGGAGGCGAGCUCGCCGUGGUCUGGCAGCGCCGUGGGCAUGGCCGGCAGCCCCCAGCAGCCGCCGCAGCCGCCGCCGCCGCCGCCGCCGCAGGGACCCGACGUGAAGGGCGGCUCCGGACGCGACGACCUGCACGCGGGCACCGCGCUGCACCACCGCGGGCCGCCACACCUCGGGCCCCCGCCGCCGCCCCCGCACCAGGGCCACCCGGGGGGCUGGGGGGCCGCCGCCGCCGCAGCCGCAGCCGCCGCCGCCGCCGCCGCCGCCGCACACCUCCCGUCCAUGGCCGGAGGCCAGCAGCCGCCGCCUCAGAGUCUGCUCUACUCGCAGCCCGGGGGCUUCACGGUGAACGGCAUGCUGAGCGCGCCCCCGGGUCCGGGCGGCGGCGGCGGCGGCGCGGGCGGCGGCGCCCAGAGCCUGGUGCACCCGGGGCUGGUGCGCGGGGACACGCCCGAGCUGGCCGAGCACCACCACCACCACCACCACCACGCGCACCCGCACCCGCCUCACCCGCACCACGCGCAGGGGCCUCCGCACCACGGCGGCGGCGGCGCGGGGCCCGGACUCAACAGCCACGACCCGCACUCGGACGAGGACACGCCGACGUCGGACGACCUGGAGCAGUUCGCCAAGCAGUUCAAGCAGAGGCGCAUCAAACUCGGCUUCACGCAGGCCGACGUGGGGCUGGCGCUGGGCACGCUGUAUGGCAACGUGUUCUCGCAGACCACCAUCUGCCGCUUCGAGGCCCUGCAGCUGAGCUUCAAGAACAUGUGCAAGCUCAAGCCGCUGCUGAACAAGUGGCUGGAGGAGGCGGACUCGAGCACCGGCAGCCCCACGAGCAUCGACAAGAUCGCGGCGCAGGGCCGCAAGCGCAAGAAGCGGACCUCCAUCGAGGUGAGCGUCAAGGGCGCGCUCGAGAGCCACUUCCUCAAGUGCCCCAAGCCCUCCGCGCAGGAGAUCACCAACCUGGCCGACAGCCUGCAGCUCGAGAAGGAGGUUGUGCGGGUCUGGUUCUGCAACCGGCGCCAAAAGGAGAAGCGCAUGACGCCGCCCGGGAUCCAACAGCAGACGCCCGACGACGUCUACUCGCAGGUGGGCACAGUGAGCGCCGACACGCCGCCGCCGCACCACGGACUGCAGACGAGCGUGCAGUGAAGGCAAGGGGCGCAGCGCAAAGAGGGCCGCCGCCGCCGCCUCCGCAGCCGCUGUCAGCACCGCCACCAACCCCCGCCGCCGCCGCCGCCGCAGCCGCCGCAGCGCCAAGCCCGCACUGGGGCCGCGCCGGGCCCGGGCCGGUCCGCCGCCCUCCCCUCCGCCCAAAGACAAACAUGCCCGGCCUUGGAGGAAAAAGAGAGAGACGAACCAAGGAGACAUUUCUCAAGUCCAAGGAAGGAGGGGCAAAACAAAACAAAAGCGUAAUAAAUACCCAGACUGUUUUAUAUACAUAUAUAUAACAAACAAAACCGGAAGAGAAAAAGGAGGCGAUCAUGAGAUCUCGUUUAUACUGUGGUGGUGUUUCCUUUUUGUUUUUGUUUUUCUUUUUAAAGAAGGGUGAAGAUGCCUAGCGCACCAAAACUGCACUCGUGAGGUUUUUUCCCACCCUAGGAAGUUCUACACGGCAACGGUGGACAGCACCUAGCACCUGCCUCGUCCUCGCCUCUUUAAAAAAAAAGGCAAAAAAAAAAAAGCACCCCUCUCUCCUUUUCACUCACUCCCCCCUCCAAAGGGCUGCCUAAAGUGAUCUACCGAAACUUUCUUUCCUGGGAGCGACCUGAAAGAAAGCAGAGGCACCGGGUUUAAUCAGGGGUUGACUCUGUGCUCGGGGCCCUGUUUUUCUUGGCCAUGUUAAAGUCAUUUGGGGACAAAUUGACUAUGAAAUGGGAAGGAGAAAACAAAGAACAGUCUUCAGGAAGAAAAAAAAAAAGGAAAUAUUCACAGCUUCUGAAAUUAACAGACUGAAUAGCAAAGCCAAAAGAAAAAGUAUCCUCAAAGUAACCUUGGAAAUAAAGCAUCACGAAAGAGCAGAGGGAUGGGCAAGGGAGAAGGGGAUGUCCUCCGAGGAGUGGGAGAGGCCCGGCCGAGUCCUGGGCAGGGCGGGCGGACUGGGCGCGGAGCGAGGCCCCGCCACCAACCCCGGCUUUAAUGGCGGUCACUUGGGUGGAUGAGGCCUAAAGAUUCCACCGCUAAUAUUUUUUUUAUUAAUAUUUUUUAUUUUUUAUUUCUGGACUGACUCAGAUAAAGAGAUUUAGAAGGACUGAGCACCAGCUGAUGCACUUCUCUGGACUUCUCUCCUCAAUCCGUUGCCAACUUUGAUUGAAUGGGUGCUGUGGAUGUGAUUAUAUAAUACUGCCAUUUCCAAGCAGUGUUUUUGGUAGGUUUUAAUAAACAGACUUUUCAAAAGACGGCAAUAUAGAAUUGUUAGAUCCGUUGUUGAUCUAAAAAUAUUUGCUUUAUAUUUUCAUUAAAUGACUUCUUUUAAUAUUUUAUUCAGAAUACUUAUGAACUGCUGCAAAACGGUAAUUUAUUUUUCCCCAGAUCUUGUAUUACGUGUUUUUUUCAGACGAGCACAAAUCAAAAUGAAAUGAAAAUAUGGACAGUUGCUAGGUAGUAAGGGUAUCUUUUGAUGUGAUCAUUUGAUUGUAAUUUAAUUUGAGUAGUGAUUCCGUAAGAGCUGAUCGAGAAAAUAAAUUUGUUAGAAUGAAAUAGUCUGUGUCUGAUGCAUAAACGCUAUGUGGGAAGAAAAGAUUUCUUUAGAAAAUAUUUUUUUACUAAUGCAAAUCCUUAAGUGAUAGCACUUAGCACCACCUAAGGUAUAUUUGGAAAGAGACAGUAAAGGACAGACAUGACAGAAACCGCUAGUACUUUAACAUAGUUGUCACUCCUUGUUAAUCCAUAAAUCUCACAACAUUUUUCUCUCCCUUGGUUUCAGUGGGUGUUUUUAGGUGAGAUUGUCUAAAGACUAGUCCUUUUCUUGGAGAUGUCCUUUAUCAUCUUUCCCAGAAGAUUGGACUACAGCACCAGUAAAAAUGUGCCAACUGGUUAUUAAUGGUUAAUACAGAGCUCUCCCCCCACCCAAGUUUAGCCUCUCUUUUCCCUCCCGUCCCCCCAACCGUACUGCUAAGUUUCUUUCCUCUUUUUCUGAAGACUAAUAGUUGUAAAGAAAAGCUUACAAGUCUAUAAAAUAUUUUUAUAUUAAUUACGUCCCAUUAAUAACUAUAUGCAAUUCAGUUUAAAUUAUUAAGCUGUUUUGGUUUUUUUGUUUUGUUUUGUUUGUUUUUCUUGUACUGGAAGAAUGUAGUUCUAAAAUCCUGACUAUGGGCCACACUGCAUUACCCUCAGUGUGAUUACCAGCUCAGACUUAAGACUCCACAUUUCUAUGUUCCGGUCUUUCCCCAGUAUGAUUCUGUAUCUUCUUUACUGGUGCUGGGGCUUUGAGCUUUUUUUGAUCACUCUUUAGCUACACCCUGCAGAGCGGUCACAUUUAUCAAGUUAAUGUAUCAAUAUUUACAAUGUGGGAAAAUGAAAGUAUAAUGCCUCAGGUUGUGAGUACUAUAGACAGACUCAAAAGGCUCUGCUCAGUUGAGUCCCUUCGUAUUGUACUUAAAAAAAGUAUUUGGGAGUGAUAAAGCAAUGAUUUUAUGGAUUAAUUUCCUCUUAAUCUCAUUUGGCUGUCACUCACUUUCUGCCUUCUCUCAUCUUCCUCUCUCUUCCUCUGAUAUCGAUGCAGGGGUUAAAAAAACCCGGAAAACUGUGAGAGCAACAAGAAACAGUCAUUUCUUCCAGACAGACCCUGUGUCACUUUCAUAAAUCAAGCCCAGCCAGAUGGCCAUGUAUUGGGUUGCAUUAUUUUAAACACCAAAUCGUACUAAAAAUCACAAUCAUUUUGAUUUGUGAAAUCUGAAAAAGGCCAUAUUUAUUAAACAGAAGGAAAAAAAUGAAAACAAGAAACCACAAUUUACUUUUCUUUGCGUUCUUGUUUCCUUUUUCUCUUGCUAUUAUAAUCUCUCUGCC